UCUCCUGAGUUGGAUGCUCUUUUUUCUUUUCAUCUUCAUCAUCUUAUAAGAGAUUCAUAUAAGCAUCAACAGCUUCACUUUACACGCAUAUCAAACUCAACAAACACACACACAUACAAACACAAACCCCCAAACAAACCCUCAAAAUGUCCGACAACAACACCUCAACCAUCCAGUCCUACAUCGACUCCGCAACCGGCACCGUCCAAUCCGCCCUCGGCACCCUCACCGGCUCCACCGCCGACACCAACGCCGGCCAGGCAAAGCAAGACAAAGCAACCCUCGAAGACGCCGCCAGCCAUGCCACCCUCAAAGGUCCCGGCUUCACCGCGACCGCCGACGGAAUCGCGCGCGACGACCCCAACCGCCAGAAGGGCAGCUGGAACCAGACCAUUGGCGCGGGCAAGGAGGCGCUGGGCGGGCUCGUGGGGUCGGAGGAUCUUAAGCGCGCGGGACAGGAGCAGAAUCUCCAGGGGAAGGGGCAGGAGGCGCAGGGGCAGUUGAAUGAUCUUGGAGGGGGGAUUGCGGGGAGGGUGAGCGGUGCGGUGAGAGGGGUGGUGGCGGGGUUGACGGGGGAUAGGGAGGGGCAGUUGGAGGCGCAGAGGAGGCAUGAUGAGGGAAAGGCGCAGCAGAGGGGGGCGGAACAUGAUAUUCAGAAGCAAAAUCAGUAG